GCAUGGGGGGCGAUGGGUGGCACUGCGGCUGAGGGGGGGCUGCGGAGGCGGAUGCCGUUGCGGCGGUACCGUGGUGGACCUCCUGUGGGCGCAGGAGCGCUGUCCACCCGGGCCAUGCGCUACUACCGCCUCUGGAUCUACACGUGCAACACGGCGUUGCUGGCUGGAUCAAUUGCCUUUUGUGGAGCUGCGGCAAGGACAUUAAUUUUCGAUUACCGCCGCUUCCUGAUACCAUCGCUUACGCUAUACCAGCCGUCGUUUUUGUACGCUUACCUAGCCCUCGCUACGCAAGGAGGAGCGCUUCAGAUACUGGGAUGUGUUGGUGCCGUUCGACUAUCGGAACGCAUGCUAAAUGCGUAUUGGUUACUGUUAUUGGUGCUAUUGUUCGGUGACGUUGUACUUGGCGCGUUUUGGGCAUUUCGAUUCGAUAGAGUUUGCCAAGAGCUGAGACCAGGGUUGCGGAUCAAGUUGUUGCAAGAGUAUGGCGCGGGGGGUGACCUAACUAUACUAUGGGACCGUUUGCAAAGAGAAAGCGAAUGUUGUGGACUUACCGGUCCAGGGGACUAUAAUAAUCGGAGUGGAUAUCAGUUAGAAAUGCCGCCGAGUUGUUGCGCGGAACCAUCUCGGAAUGUUAACGAAACCAGGUGUGUACGGCCGCACGCCAGUGGAUGUGAUGAACGGCUACUAACAUAUUUGCGGGAUACCGCUUCGUUGCUAGCUAUUUUAGGUUACUGUGUGCUCGCCUUCCUAAAGCUGUGCUUCCUGGGGAUCCUUCGUUACGAGAUCCGUGAAAUGAUACAAAAAAUUCGUAUCCUUCGCGCGGAACUGGAACUGCCGAAUGUAAAUGGUGCCGUUCCCGGUACGCUUCGAGCUGAAAGUGCCGAAAGCGAACGCGAAUCUCUUCUGGUGAGGCCCGAAAGUGCGGCACUGCUCUCGUCGCCACCGAAUCCGUCGAAGAAUCCGAACGGCAAUAAUAAUUACGAGAUGAGGGAGUACAGACGAAGCAGUCGCGACAAUAUAUGACUAAAAUAUCGCCUGGAGGGUCUUUUUAGUCGCGGUAGAUGGAACCGCGAGAAGAAAGGUCCUCUGGCCACGCCUCUGGAGGAAAUAUUUACGAAGCCAACACGUGCCCGACCAAGGGACGAAACAUGUUGAGACUGAUCGAGUGACAAGGUAAAACUCGAAAGUCGUAGUCACCGUUCCGCUCCAUUUUAGAUUCCUACAUAGGGAAACUCAAAUUUUGAGUGUCACCAAAACGUUCAUCAUAAACCAAAGCUUUUUUAGGAGCGCUUAGAGCGCUUUAAAAUUUACUACCUACUAUAGACCACCACGGUAUAUAAAAUAAUGAUUAUAUUAAAAUAACAAUGUAUGUAGCUGCGUGAAAUGAUAACGAAUAAAUUCAGUAAGAUAAAAUUGCUUAAAUUUCGUAAUUGAAUUGUAAAAUGUUACAUAAAUUUAAAUAAUUAAAUGUGAAAACCUCCGCAGCUUCAGAGGCGAACGGACGACUGUUGAAUAGUGAUUGAUUUAGUAUAGUUUCGGGAAAUGACGAUUAAUGUUUGCAUAAAAUGAGCUUAAUUUUGAUAGUGCCUCGUCAUAUACAGUUACCUAAACGAAGCUGAUAAUGGACUUACCUAAUAUUUAUACCUAAAAUGUAGCGAACGUAGUAUUAUACAAUAUUCGAUUUGUGUAGAGAAUUCCAAAAUAUUAAAUUGCUUUUAAAUAUGAAAGAAUUUAAUUGAGAAUCUAGUGUGAUAUGAGAUGACGUGCAUAGGAACUUACAUAAUAUGUGCGAAGCCUUUGUGUACAUAUUAUAUUUAAUUUUUCAUGAAUGCGUACGAGUGCAGCCAUUCAAUUAUUCUCAUUUCCAAAGAGUUUCCAUUGAUUCGGUUUAAAUAGACAUCUCAAAACGUUGCGGUAAAACCGAAAGACUGUGCAUGCUUCAGAAAUUUAAGCACGUAGUGCAAACGCACUUAGGCUUAAUCCUUUAGGAUGGAUAAGUGACUUUUAAUUUUAGGCUUCCAAAAAUUUGCAUCGAGUGAUAUUGCAAAAGUAACAGACAUGGUUGGCAACACUUAUUUUAUAAAUUACGACAAAAUCAAAAAACUCCAUAGAUAUAAA